UUCGAGUGAGGGCUUCAGCGUAGCGGAGAAGAUCGUGCUGCUCACCUUCAUCUCCGCCGUUAUACUGAUGGCCAUCCUGGGGAACCUGCUGGUGAUGGUGGCCGUGUGCCGGGACAGGCAGCUCAGGAAAAUCAAGACCAAUUAUUUCAUUGUUUCCCUUGCCUUUGCGGACCUGCUGGUGUCAGUCCUGGUGAUGCCGUUUGGAGCCAUCGAGCUGGUUCAGGACAACUGGAUCUAUGGAGAGAUGUUCUGCCUGGUCCGAACGUCCCUCGAUGUCCUGCUCACCACAGCGUCAAUCCUGCACCUGUGCUGUAUCUCUCUGGACAGGUACUAUGCUAUCUGCUGCCAGCCUCUGGUUUACAGGAACAAGAUGACUCCACUGCGCAUCGCUGUAAUGCUUGGAGGGUGCUGGGUAAUCCCGACAUUUAUUUCUUUCCUCCCUAUCAUGCAAGGCUGGAAUAGCAUUGGCAUCAUUGAUCUGAUUCAGCAAAGGCAGUUCAACAAGGCUUCCAACUCUACCUACUGCAUAUUCAUGGUCAACAAGCCAUAUGCCAUUACCUGCUCCGUGGUGGCCUUCUACAUUCCCUUCCUCCUGAUGGUGCUGGCCUACUACCGCAUCUACGUCACGGCCAGGGAUCACGCUCGCCAGAUCCGGGUGCUGCAGCGCGCAGGGGCCCCCACCGAUGGCCGGCAGCACCACCCGGACCAGCACAGCACACACCGCAUGAAGACUGAGACCAAAGCUGCCAAGACCCUGUGCAUCAUCAUGGGGUGCUUCUGCCUGUGCUGGGCCCCCUUCUUUAUCACAAACAUAGUGGACCCUUUCAUAAACUACACGGUGCCGGGGAAGCUGUGGACGGCUUUCCUGUGGCUGGGCUACAUCAAUUCAGGGUUGAACCCUUUCCUCUACGCCUUCCUGAACAAGUCUUUCAGACGUGCCUUCCUCAUCAUUCUGUGCUGUGGUGAUGAGCGAUACCGAAGGCCUUCCAUCUUGGGGCAGACGGUCCCCUGUUCCACCACCACAAUAAAUGGAUCGACUCAUGUACUAAGGUGA